AUGACACUGAUGCCUCAUCGGGAUGACACUGAUAUCAGGAGGAGAUGGGAACUAUGGGAUGCUAUCUAUGAUACUGCGAUAUCUAUCUUUGGGAAGAAGACAGUCAAGUCUGCUGAUUGGUUUGAAGCCUACACUGAAGUGCUGACGCCCAUGAUUGAGAAGAGACAGGCAGGCACUGGCUGCAUCAAAAGUGUUGUAGGGCUAAAGAGUGUAUGCUGGUAUCCAGUCAAUACAGAUUCAAAAUAUUUUAAAAACCAUGAUGAGUCUAAAUCUUCCAAGCUCAGUCACUGGGAUUCUAACAUUUUCCUAUCUUUCUUUUCUCAGCAUGGCUCGUACUUGGCUGAAUUUCUGCUGGAAAAGGGCUAUGAGGUGCAUGGAAUUGUUCGCCGAUCUAGUUCUUUCAACACUGGACGGAUUGAGCAUCUCUACAAGAAUCGACAGGCUCACACUGAAGGAAAUAUGAAGCUGCACUAUGGUGAUCUCACUGACAGUACUUGCCUGGUGAAAAUAAUCAAUGAAGUGAAACCCACUGAAAUCUACAACUUGGGAGCUCAGAGCCAUGUCAAAAUUUCUUUUGACCUAGCAGAAUAUACUGCUGAUGUUGAUGGAGUUGGUACUUUACGGCUUCUUGAUGCUGUUAAGACCUGUGGCCUUAUCAACUCUGUGAAGUUCUACCAAGCCUCAACCAGUGAACUUUAUGGGAAAGUGCAAGAAAUACCACAAAAGGAGACUACUCCUUUUUAUCCCAGGUCUCCAUAUGGAGCAGCCAAGCUGUAUGCCUAUUGGAUUGUGGUGAACUUCAGGGAGGCCUACAAUCUCUUUGCUGUGAAUGGCAUUCUCUUCAAUCAUGAGAGUCCCAGGAGAGGGGCUAACUUUGUAACUCGAAAAAUUAGCCGAUCAGUAGCUAAGAUUCACCUUGGACAGAUGGAAUAUUUCAGUUUGGGCAAUCUGGAUGCUAAAAGAGACUGGGGCCAUGCCAAAGACUACAUUGAGGCUAUGUGGCUGAUGUUGCAAACGGAUGAGCCAGAGGACUUUGUCAUAGCUACCGGGGAGGUCCACAGUGUCCGUGAAUUUGUGGAGAAGUCAUUUAAACACAUUGGAAAAACCAUUGUGUGGGAAGGAAAGAAUGAAAAUGAGGUAGGCCGAUGCAAGGAGACUGGCAAGAUUCAUGUGAAAGUUGAUCACAAAUACUACAGGCCAACUGAAGUGGAUUUUCUUCAAGGAGAUUGCACUAAAGCAAAACAGAAACUGAACUGGAAACCCAAAGUCACUUUUGAUGACUUGGUGAAAGAGAUGGUGGAAGCUGAUGUGAAACUCAUGAAAAAUAACCCCAAUGCCUAAGCCUGCUCUCUGCCUCCAAAUGGUCUUUUCAUCUCCUCUGGAGAAAUCACUCCCGUUGAUGGUUGAGGCUGCUGUCUGCAUAGUUGGACAUACUCGAAUGGAAAAGAAGCAUGAUCGGUGUACAAUGCUUGGGAGCCGGGGGCUUUUUUAUUUUAAGUAUUUGUGUGAAAGAUUCAUUUAGUUUCUAGACCUUUGCAAAUAAGAGAAGAUCUCAUACAUCAGUGCUGCUGCUGCUCCUGUUUAAGGUUUCUUAAAUAUAAGAUUUAACUCCAGGGUUGUCUCCCCUCAUCAUGUACCUGAAAUAUGUCUGGGAUCUGACCGUUGGGCUUUCCAAUUAAUUGUCUUUUGAUAUUAAAAAUCAUCUUUCUACAAA